ACACACACACACACACAUACACAUGCACAUACACUGUCACAGUGAAACGAGGCAGGCCGGGAAAACCGGGGCGCUUCAAUUAGCGCUCCACCGACGGAUCCCUGGCGUGGACAUUUUUAAUUUUUCAUCACAGCCUGCUUGGAUUUUUCUCAUGUGGAUUUUUGCGCAUAGAGCCCGGACUGCUGCUGAGGUGUGUUUGGGCGAUUGAAGCAUUUCGGAGAUGAAGACAAACGCUCUGUGAAUGGGAAACACCAGCACGGAGACACCGCUACCUUUACCCCAUCUUGACAAGCACGCUCACCCUUCCGUUGGUGAGAUUUGCGCACACGGGACCGAAGCCGGUGUCUGCGCUCUGCGGGGCCGGGCGCGCGUCGUCUGGGAGGAGUAGGGAGGAUGGAGGCGUUUUUCACGGAGGGGGCCCGUGUUUGGGUCAGAGAGAAGGAGCAGCUGGUUCCUGGCACAGUCAACUCCUGCGGAGAUGGAACUCUUGUCAUCACAAUUGACUAUGGCGAGGUGUUGUACCUCCAGCAGGCCGAGGUCACCAGGGAGCGGGUGUACGCUAUGCACCAGUCCAGCAUCGAUGGAGUGGAGGACAUGUCAGCGCUGGCCGAGCUGCACGAGGCCGCCAUCAUGCACAACCUGUACCAGCGCUACCAGAAGGAUAACAUCUAUACCAAUAUCGGCAGCAUCCUGGCAGCCGUCAACCCCUACAAGCAGAUCUCAGGUCUGUACAACCCAGAGAGGGUGGACCUGUAUUCUAAGCACCAUAUAGGGGAGCUGCCUCCACACAUCUUUGCUGUGGCCAAUGAAUGCUACCGCUGCAUCUGGAAACGCCAUGACAGUCAGUGUGUCCUCAUCAGUGGUGAAUCAGGCGCAGGGAAGACGGAGAGCACCAAACUGUUGCUUCAAUUCCUGUCGGUGAUGAGCCAGAACUCAGCCGGCACUCCUCCAUCGGAGAAAAGUACACGAGUGGAGCAGGCCAUCGUACAGAGCAGUCCCAUCAUGGAGGCGUUUGGUAAUGCAAAGACUGUUUACAACAACAACUCCAGUCGCUUUGGGAAGUUCAUCCAGCUUCACUUCUCUGAGGGCGGAAACAUCCAGGGAGGCUGCGUCAUUGACUAUUUAUUGGAAAAGAACCGAGUGGUGAGACAAAACCCUGGAGAACGAAACUACCACAUCUUCUACGCUCUGCUGGCAGGUGCUAGCAAAGAACAUAAAAGCCUCUACUUCCUGGAGGACCCUGCCGAAUCUUUCCACUACCUCAGCCAAUCAGGAUGUCUGAAGGACAAGAGCCUGAAUGACAAAGAACUGUAUAACAGUGUUAUGGAGGCGCUGAAGGUGUUGGAGUUCACAGAGGAGGAGAUCAGAGACAUGUUUAAGCUGCUGUCAGGAGUCUUACAGCUGGGAAACAUCGAGUUCAUGACUGCAGGCGGAGCCCAGAUCACCACCAAGCAAGUGGUCACUAAUGCCAGUGAGCUGCUGGGCCUGGAUGCCUUCCAGCUGUCUGAAGUCCUGACUCAGCGCUCCAUAAUCCUCAGAGGAGAGGAAAUCUGCUCCCCACUCACUAUAGAGCAGGCCGUGGAUUCCCGGGACUCUGUUGCUAUGGCGUUGUACUCGCAGUGUUUCUCCUGGAUCAUCCUCAAGAUCAAUCAGAAGAUCAAAGGGAAGGAAAACUUUAAAUCCAUCGGCAUCCUGGACAUCUUUGGGUUUGAGAACUUUCAGGUGAAUCGGUUUGAGCAGUUUAACAUCAACUACGCCAACGAGAAACUCCAGGAGUACUUCAACAAGCAUAUCUUCUCUCUGGAGCAGCUGGAGUACAACAGGGAAGGUGUCCAGUGGGACGCCAUAGACUGGAUGGACAACGCAGAGUGUCUCGACCUGAUAGAGAAGAAACUGGGCCUGUUGGCACUUGUGAAUGAAGAGAGUCGAUUCCCCAAAGGAACUGACUUCACCCUGCUGGAGAAGUUGCACAGCAGACACUCUACAAACCCGUACUAUGUCAAACCCAGACUUGCUGAGUAUCAGUUCGGUAUCAAACAUUAUGCCGGGGAGGUCCUGUAUGAUGUCAGAGGGAUCCUGGAGAAGAACAGAGACACCUUCAGAGACGACAUCCUAAAUAUGCUCAAGGACAGCAGACUGGACUUCAUCUACGACUUGUUUGAGAAGGUUGGCAGCAGGAACAACGAGGAGAAGAUGGGAACGGCCAGACGCAAACCCACCGUCAGCUCCCAGUUCAGGGACUCCCUCCACUCUCUCAUGGCCACUCUGAGCGUAUCCAACCCUUUCUUCAUCCGCUGCAUUAAGCCCAACAUGGAAAAGAAUGCAAAUGUGUUUGACCCAGAGGUCGUCCUCAACCAGCUGAGGUAUUCUGGGAUGUUGGAGACUGUGAAGAUCCGUCGUGCUGGGUUCCCCGUCCGCAGAACCUUCAAAGAUUUCUUCUCUCGGUACAAAAUCAUUGUGAAAGAGAAAUCAGCAGCAGUCGCAGCAGCAGCUGCAGCAGGAGAUGAUAAGAAGAGAAGUACAGAUCUUCUAACCAAAUAUGACAAGACCAAGAAAGAGUGGCAGUUGGGAAAGACCAAGGUGUUUAUGAAAGAGUCUCUGGAGCACCGUUUGGAGAAAGACAGGGAUGAAGUCCGACGCCAAGCUGCCAUGAUAAUCCGAGCCCACCUCCUCACUUUCUCUGCCAAGAAGCACUUCAAGCGUGUACGCGCCAGUGUCGUCACCCUCCAGAAACACCUCAGAAAGCACAUCCAGCGCAAGCGGUUUGUGAAGCAACGUAAGGCAGCGCUGGUGCUGCAGAAGCACAGGCGAGGUCAGGUGGCGCGUACUCGAGUCCGAAAGCUCAGAGAGGAGAAGAAGAAGAAGGAGGAGGAAAAGAGGAAGAAGGAGGAGGAGGAGAGGAAGAUGAAGGGCGAAGGGGAGCAGGAGAAAGUCAGUGAAGGCGCAGAGAAAAAGGCUGAAAGUGAUGCUGCCACAGAUGAGGCCCGACAGAUGGAGGAGAUCCUGCAGCUGGAGCGAGAGAUUGAGCGCUUGCAAAAGAAGAGAGAGGACGAGGUGUCGCAGCUGUGCGAGUCCUCCAAACAGGAGUUGCAGCUGCGCCGGGACGCUGAGCUCAAACGGAUGAAGAAGGAGGCGUCCCGCAAGGCCACAGAGCUCAUUGACCUCCUGAACUUCGGAGGUGUGGAUCCAUCGCUGGGAGCAGUCGCGGCCAAACCGGCCGCAGAGACAAAAGCUCCAAAAGCCGCCGCCAGAGGUGCGUCCAAAGAAGAGGAGGUGGACGAAGGAUUUCAUGCUGAGGAGGAGUGCAUCCCUCUCCCGGACUUCCCUCCUCCUGCUGAGACUGAUGCGAUUGAUCAGGAAAUAUUUGCUCACCUUCCUCCUCCUCCGCCUGCCUUUGCAGAGGGGACAGUGCCUCCUGCACCACCUCCUCCACCUCCUCCACCUCCUCUCCCCGCAGAUGGUGUGCCUGCUGCUGGAAUUCCUCCCCCUCCUCCUCUCCCUCCACCUGGAGAUGGCGCCCCUGUCCCUCCACCACCUCCUCCUCCACCACCACCACCACCACCACCUCCUCCAGGAGAGGGGGAGAAGAAAGAUGGAGCCAAGGCAGACCAGGAGAGGAAGGUGAGCAUGGUGGAGAGCCUGGGGGACGGGGAGGAGCCCAUCUACAGCAUGCCAGCCGACACCGAGUCAGAUUACGAUCAGGAGGAUGAGGAGGGGUCCGUCAACGCCGGAGACGACAGCUCCGUAUCGGGGAGUAACCGCGGGAGCGCCGCUGUGACAGAUGACGAGCACCCGAGGAAGUCGACCUGCACCAACGCCAGCAUUGAGUCCUACAGAGGCAGCUCUGACUCUGUGAGGACACACACUCACACGCAUCCUCACACGCGUGCACGCAGAUAUUAUGCAGACAGUGAUGAUGAACACGAUGGCAUGAUGGACACUGAUGAAGAAGUGACAAACGGCAGGGUGACCUUGCUCAAUGGGAACGGACCGCCAUAUUUCCACGGCUACCUCUACAUGAAGGCUGGUCUGAUGAUCCCAUGGAGGAGGCGCUGGUGUGUGCUGAAGGAUGAAACCUUCAUGUGGUUCCGCUCCAAACAGGAGUCCCUCAAGUCCGGCUGGCUCUACAAGAAGGGAGGAGGCCUGUCCACUCUCUCACGGAGGUUAAACUGGAAGAUGCGCUGGUUUGUCCUGAGAGACAGCAAACUGAUGUACUACGAGAAUGACAGCGAGGAGAAGCUGAAGGGAACCAUCGACAUCCGAGCUGCCAAGGAGAUAGUGAACAAUCAUGAAAAGGAGAACGCUCUGAACAUUGUGACAGAUGAGAGGACCUAUCAGGUGUUUGCUGAGUCACCAGAGGAUGCAAGUGGGUGGUUUAACGUGCUCAGUAAGGUGCGUGUGUGCACUCCUGAGCAGCUGCUGGAGAUGUCUCAUGAACAGGCCAACCCAAAGAACGCUGUGGGAACUCUUGACGUGGGCCUGAUCGACUCUGUCUGUGCUUCAGACAACCCCGAUCGGCCCAACUCUUUCGUCAUCAUUACGGCCAACCGUGUGAUCCACUGCAACAGUGACACACCGGAGGAGAUGCAUCACUGGAUCAGUCUGCUGCAGAAACCCAAAGGAGACGCCAGGAUAGACGGGCAGGAGUUCCUCGUCAGAGGCUGGCUGCAAAAAGAGAUGAAGACGAAUGCUAAGAGCACCUCCCUGAAGCUGAAGAAGCGCUGGUUUGUUUUGACCCACAACUCCCUGGAUUACUACAAGAGCUCAGAGCGGAACUCCUCCAAGAUGGGAACUCUGGUCCUUAACUCCCUCUGCUCCGUCAUUCAGCCAGAUGAACGAGUGCACAGGGAGACAGGCUACUGGAACAUCAUUGUGUACGGGAGGAAGCAUUCCUACCGCCUCUACACCAAGAUGCUGAACGAAGCCAUGAGGUGGACGGCAGCCAUACAGGGAGUCAUUGACAGCAAGACCCCGAUAGAGACCCCGACUCUGCAGCUCAUCAGAGACAUCAAGGAAAACAGCGUGAACCCAGACAUCGUGGAGCAGAUGUACAGGAGGAACCCCAUCCUCAGAUACACUCAACAUCCUCUGCACUCCCCUCUACUGCCGCUCCCUUACGGAGAGGUCACCAGCGUACAAAGGCAGCAGGGCUACGCCAGUCUGCAGGACGAGGCGGUGCGAGUUUUCAACUCACUGCAGGAGAUGGAGACGCUGGCGGACACGGUGCCCAUCAUUCAGGGCAUCCUGCAGACCUGCCAGGACCUGCGCCCACUCAGGGAUGAGGUAUACUGUCAGGUGAUCAAGCAGACCAAUCAUGUGCCUCAGCCGAACAGCCCAGCCAAUUGUGCACACUGGCACCUGCUCACCUGCAUGAGCUGCACCUUCCUACCCAGUCGAGCCAUUCUCAGAUACCUCCGCUUCCACCUCAAGAGGGUGCGAGAGCGCUAUCCCGGCACAGAGAUCGAGCGUUACAGCACUUUCAUCGGGGAAUCCCUGAAGAAGACCAAGACUCGUGAGUUCGUUCCCUCUCAGGAGGAGAUCGCCGCCCUGCUGGUGAGACAGGAGAUGAGCACCACCGUCUACUGCCACGGAGGAGGCUCCUGCAAGAUCUCCAUCAAUUCACACACCACAGCUGGAGAGGUUGUGGAGAAGCUGAUCAGAGGUUUGGCCAUGGAGGAGAGCAAGAACCUGUUUUCUCUGUUUGAGCACAACUCCUUCACAGACCGAGCUCUGGAGAGCAGAGUGAUCGUUGCUGAUGUUCUGGCCAAGUUUGAGAGGUUGGCAGGCAGUGAAGAAGAGGAGGAGGAAGGAGAAUGGAAACUCUACUUCAAGCUCUACUGCUUCUUGGAUGUGGAGAGUAUGCCGAAAGAAGGAGUGGAGUUUGCCUUCAUGUUUGAGCAGGCCCAUGAGUCUUUGAUAAGUGGUCACUUCCCGGCCUCAGAGGAGACCUUGCAGCACCUGGCUGCUUUACGUCUCCAGUAUCUCCAUGGCGACGGGGCAGGUCGGGCCGGUUGGAGCUUGGGAAGCGUAUAUCCAAUCGGGCGUCUCCGCAAUCGCAUCCUCCACUCUACCAAGCCGGGCGUGGGGGCGGCAGGUGGAGCUGGAGGAGCUGGAGUCGGAGCAGGAGACGGGAAAGGAAUGGUAGGAGGACAGGGAGGUGUCGGGGUCGGCACGGAGAAACGGAAGACCCCGAGCUUCCUGGAUGGCACCCUGAGGAGAAGCUUCAAGACUGGGUCACUGAAGAAGCAGAAGGUGGAGGAGGAGCAGAUGCUGGAGAUGUGGGUGAAGGAGGAGACGUCCGCCACACGCACCAGCGUCCUGGAGAAGUGGACCCGGCUGCAGGGCAUGCCUCAGCAUCAGGCCAUGCUGAAAUACAUGAGCAUCAUCAAGGAGUGGCCUGGAUACGGAUCCACUCUGUUUGAUGUGGAGUGUAAAGAAGGAGGUUUCCCUCAUGAUCUGUGGCUGAGUGUGAGCGCUGACAACGUGUCGGUGUAUAAACGGGGUGAACCUAAACCACUGGAGACCUUCCAGUACGAACACAUCACCUUCUUUGGAGCUUCACAGCCGUGCACCUACAAGAUCAUCGUGGACGAGAGGGAGAUGUUCUUUGAGACGCCACUGGUUGGGGAGAUCACCAAGAUCAUGAGGGCCUACAUCAACAUGGUGGUGAAGAAACGUUGCAGCAUCAUGUCAGUGACCAGCGUAAGCAGCACCUGGGUCAGGUGAUCGCCACAAACCAGUCAGACCCCUCGGUUCAUCCAGUGGCAACAGAUGCCUCGGCCCCCCCUGCAUCGGUCGGUUGGUUUUGAUGGAGGCAGUCGCACCAGCCAUCCUCAAGGUUGAAUCAAGUGUGGUGGAAGAUCAAAAUGGGGAAGAUAGAAGUGGACACAGAAGCCAAACGCACACUCUCCUGGCCUGGGUCUCGCUUGGGAUGGGGGGAUAAUUUUAAAAUGUGCAUGACAAAGAAAUCAACCUGUAUUUUGGGACGGUCCUCUCAAACACAUAACCCCUCCAGUUGUAGCCCUGCAUGUAGAUGUUUAAGCACACUCCAAACUUCUCCCUGCUUUCCUUCUCCGGACAAAACUCAGUAAUAACAAGCACAACUCAGCCGCCCAGUCCCAGUCUGUCCCAGGUGGCGACCCCUACCCCACUCCCGACGCCCCCAGUGCACUGCCAGACAGAAGAAAGCCACACAUUCUCAGUUAAACCUUUCUUUCUCACUCCUCCAAUUUCAAGAGUCUCUCUCUUUCUCUUCACGUGUCCUCACUCCUGUUGCAUCUUCGUUUGCUAUUGGUAUUAAGUUAUUAUGCUGAAUUCUUGCUUGCUUUCUCUCUGUUGUUCUCUCUCUGUCGUUUAUCUGUAACAUCAGCUGUAUCACAUCUGUUUAUGAGAAAAAGGACUCAAAGGGCUGCUGAAGGGGGAAAGGAGCUCCCUGCCCGACAUGGCGUUUCGUUCACUCGCUCGUCAGUGCCACCGUGUGGCCACAAGAAGAAAACGCAGCCAAAGGAAGUGGCUUUAAAUAUUUCUGAACAAUAUCAAAAAGAUAUUCUUAAGAAGAAGCGGAGGUUUUACUUUGGAGGCUCUCUGGUCACGUUUAACUUGACGCGGAGAGUUGGCGCAUGGCCUCACUCGGCUCUACAAGGAGAACAAUAUCAACCAGAAUAAUAUGAGGCGAAACAUUUCCCUAUCUAUGUCUACAUAUAACACACGCCACAUAUAUCUACUGUAUAUUCACACACAUAAACUGAACCAACAUGUAUCGUUUUGUACUGUAUAUCACGCAUUAUAGGAGGUAUUAUUGAAUUUCCGGUGCCCCUCUGCACUGUACAGUAUAUAGAUGCCAUGCUGAAUGCAAUGUGGCACCUCUUGUGUAAAAUACAUGCAAGUGAAUGGUGUUAAUAAUGACCACUGUAUGUCUGAAUAUGAUGCCAACACUGUACAUCGUUCACUGGCUGUGCCAUUAAUGUGACUCACGGAGAAAUUAGUAGUAAAAACACUGACAGGCUGCUGCGGCGGCCAUGUUUUCACAGUGUUUUGAUGAUUUUAUCAUCGUUGUCGUCUGUGGGACUCACUCUGCAGCGUUAAUUGGAGCCAUAGAAUAUUGUAUAUCCCUGUCUGUCCGUGCUAUUCUCUUUAUUUCUUUACCAAGAUCAGUGACUUGAACAAUAACGCGUAAGAGCUCCGGUUUGUCUGUGUUUCCAAUCUGUUUAUGAACAGCUAUCCCCCCGCUAUCUUAACCACCCUGAACUGCUGUGUCAGGAAUGCUGGCGUGUCUGUGUGUGCGUGAGUGUAUUUAUGGUGUAUCAGUUGGAAAAGAAAAGGGAAAUGAGAAAAGAGAAGUGAUUUUAAUGAGUGUAUUCCUUGGAAAUAAGACGUAUUUACAUGACUAACCUUUGCGAAGAAUGGUGUUGUGAUUGUGAGUUUAAGGGAAAAGCAUGGGAUUUCAAGGGAGGGUUAGGGGUUAUUUAAUUCUUAUUGUACUGUAUGUAUUGAAAGGUGUGUUUGGGAGGAUUAUGUAUUAAAAAAAUAUAUUGAAUUUUUUAGUCUCAGUCUAAGAGGAGCAGAUAGGACACUGUGAGGAUAUGGGCUCAGAGAUGGCUCUAAAUGUGCACUGGGAAUGCUGACAGUUAUCACUGCUUUGUGUGUGUGUGUGUGUGUGUGUGUGUGUGUGUGUUUUUGGACUGAAAGUGAAGUCACUGUUCUGUCACCUAACUCUGCGGCACUGCAGGUAGACAGCAGCAUCCCUCAUAUAUAACACACCUUUGUUAACAAAGUGUUUCCCUGCAGCGGAUAUCUAGAGGGAAUACUUAGAUAAGACGGAAAAAACAACCAAACAUGCUCAGAUUAAUUGUCUUAAUUUGUUCUAGCUAGUGUCCAAACAAGUUUCUGUGUUAAUAUUUGCUCUAAAAACAGUUGCGGUUUGCAAGACGUUUGAGUGAACUUGAACUUCCUGUGGUGAAAGUUGUCUGCUGUCUAUGUGGAGUGCCGCAUGCAGGGCUGUAGCCAAGAUUUUAGAGAUAUUGAGGUCAUGAGCCAACACCUUCAACCCCUAAAUCAACCCCUACACUCUAGAUAUAUAGACAUAUUGUAAUUUGGGAUUUGUCAUAGUUUAUCUUCUUAUGAAGGUUAAUUAAUUGUGGAUAUAGUCACGAAUUUUAUUCCUUAAUCCUUUGAAACCUUAGCAAAUUGUCUUGAUUUCAUUAAAAAUAUGGGAAGAAGACAAUGAGCAAUGAAAGAAGAAAUUACCCCAAAAACUAGCAACACACUAGCAAAAAGAGAAAAUUGAAAUCAAGAAAAUUAGUAAAAAAGAAAAAAGAAAGUUAAAAACAACAAACAAGGAAUUACCUGGAAAAGGUGCUUAAAAAUUCUAAUAAUUCUGUA